AUGGAACGAAAUAGCAGCAUACCAGUACGUUGCACACCGUGGGUGUACGACGACAUUACAGCUUGCCACCGUGUGUGGAUUGUAGGAUUUUAUGUCCCGUUGGUUCUUAUAGCAGCAUCGGUGGCAUAUACAGGCUACAAAGUGGUCAAGAAUUCGCGGAGAACUCACGAAAAGCCAAAUUACGCAAGUGAACUGGCGUUAGAUGGCGAUGACGAGCAUAAACCAUUGUUGGCAGACAACAAUGGGGCUAGCUACCAAGCGCGUGGUGGAGAUGGAAAUAAUGACUCGCAACCCGCGAAAAACACACUCAAGGAAGACCAUUUUUCAAUUGAAAAAAUCAAGCUAACAGAUGCUCAGGGUAAGCCGCACGGCAUUGUACAAGUUGUGAGACGUGGAUUCAUCGAAAAAACACGAGUGAUUCUCGAGUUUCUUGCGUGCGUGGCACAGCUUGCGAUCCACGCGUUUGUAUGGGCGCGUUUCGCAGGUGACUCCAGCGAAUUUCCUCUGGGUGCAAUUGUUGCCCGCACUGUUCUGUGGGCUUGGUUAGUCGCGGUAGUUGUCCUUCGUCUUGCCAACAUCAACCAGCAGGUUCAAUGGAUUUCCAAAUACCCUGGAAAUCUGUGGACCGUGUCAUUUGUGUCUUAUAUGAUCCUCUUUGCCACUCAGGUGCUACCAUUACGCUCUUACCUGAUAGGGCACAUUGAUGACCGUGUUGCACAACAGUACACGCUGUCGCAAUUUUACUUGAAUCUGGCUUUGUUUCUGCUACUGUUCACUGCCAAAAUCGGGAACAAUUACGCAUAUCUCUACCGUACCGACGCCGACAUUACCCCAUCCAUCGAGCCCGUUACAUCGAUAUUUAGUUUUAUCACAUGGUCAUGGCUCGACGGCUUCAUCUGGGAAGCAAACAAGCAGUCUAUCAAGAUCAAAGAUAUCUGGGGUCUCAUGCUUGAGGAUUAUUCGCUUUUCGUUCUCAAGAAAUACAAAAACUCAAUCAAAAAUAAGAACAGAAGUUUUUCCCACAACUUGUUUUGGUUCUUCCUCAAGUACCUCGGACUACAAGGUUUCUGGGCGUGUUUCGAUAGCGUACUCAGUUUUGUUCCCACAUUACUACUAAAACGCAUCCUCGAAUACGUUGAUGACCAAUCCACUGCGCCUAAGCAUUUGGCAUGGUUUUAUGUGUGCGCCAUGUUUUUCUGCAGAAUCGCGGUUGCAAUCUGCCAAUCUCAAGCUCUAUUCCUUGGUAGAAGGGUCUGCAUUAGAAUGAAGGCCAUCAUCAUCUCGGAGAUUUAUAGCAAAGCGUUGAGGAGAAAAGUAUCUCCAAAUACUUCGAAACCCUCUACAGAUGAGGUCGAUCCACAGGCUUUGAACUCCAAAGAGAAUGUGGAUGCUGACGAAGAAUCCAGCACUGCCAAUCUAGGUGCCAUCAUCAAUCUAAUGUCUGUGGAUGCCUUCAAAGUCUCUGAAAUCUGUGCAUACCUACAUGCUUUUGUGGAAGCGUCUAUAAUGACGGUCGUAGCUUUGCUUCUUCUUUACAAUCUGUUAGGGUGGUCCGCAUUGGUUGGCGCUGCCUUGAUUGUGGCACUACUCCCCAUAAGUUUCAAGCUAACGACAUUACUAGGACAGUAUCAAAAAGAGUCUUUGGCUGUUACAGACAAGAGAAUUCAGAAAUUGAACGAAACCUUUCAAGCUAUUCGUAUCAUAAAGUUCUUUUCAUGGGAAGAAAACUUCGAAAAAGAAAUCCAAGAUAUUAGAGAUCAAGAGCUGAAAUUGAUUUUGAAGCGUUCUAUCGUAUGGGCAUUAGCCAGUUUUGUUUGGUUCAUCACCCCAGGUUUGGUAACGUCCGUAACUUUCGGCGUCUACAUUUAUCUGCAGGGUCGCGUUUUGACUACCCCUAUUGCUUUUACCGCUCUCUCUUUGUUCGUGCUGUUGAAAAACCCACUUGACCAGUUAUCCGACAUGUUGAGUUUCGUUAUACAGUCCAAGGUAUCUUUGGAUAGAGUGCAAGACUUUUUGGAAGAGGAAGAGACUGAAAAAUACGAACAAGUGACCGUUGGUAGCAACAGAAUAGGCUUCGAGAACGCGACUUUCUCUUGGGAUAAGAAAAAUGCUGAAUUUAAACUGAAAAAUUUGAGCUUGGACUUCAAAGUUGGUCAAUUGAACGUUGUUCUCGGUCCUACGGGAUCUGGUAAGACGUCACUGCUCAUGGGUUUACUUGGUGAAAUGGACUUGAUAGACGGAAAAGUAUACACGCCUUGCCUGGACGCUAGGGAGGACCUCAUUGUGGAGGCUGACGGUAUGACGAAUUCGGUAGCGUACUGCUCCCAAGCUGCGUGGCUGUUGAAUGAUACUGUAAGAAACAAUAUUCUGUUCAGCAGUCCCUUCAAUGAAGCAAGGUAUAAUGCUGUGGUGGAAGCUUGUGGUUUGAAACGCGAUUUCGAGAUUCUGAAUGCAGGUGAUCAAACUGAAAUUGGUGAAAAGGGCAUUACACUCUCGGGUGGUCAAAAGCAGAGAGUGUCUUUGGCACGCGCACUGUACUCGUCUUCUAGGCACCUUUUGCUAGAUGAUUGUCUCAGCGCUGUAGAUUCACAUACCGCUCUAUGGAUCUACGAGAAUUGUAUUUCGGGGCCUUUGAUGCAAGGUAGAACCUGCAUACUCGUGUCUCACAAUGUGGCAUUGACAUUGAAAAACGCUGAUUGGGUGGUGUACAUGGAAAAUGGUAAAAUAAUGGAUCAAGGCGAACCUCUCGAGCUUUUUAAUAAGGGCUUAUUGGGACAGGACGAGCUUGUUAAAACCAGCAUUCUAUCUCGUGGAGCGUCUUCGACGAGCUUAAGCCGCAAGGUAGCCAAAAGCGGUGUUGACCUAAGCAAGCUGAGCAGGAAGAUAGACGAAGAGAGUAGUUCACCCAAGAAGGAUCUACCUACGGAAGAGGAUAAAAUAAAACUAGGAAAGCUCAUAGAGGAAGAAACUAAAUCAGAAGGGGUUGUUAGUCUGGACGUUUACAAAUGGUAUGCCAAGUUAUUCGGUGGAUGGAAAAUGGUUUCAUUCUUGGCUCUAGUUUUCUUGAUUUCACAAGGUGUCCACAUCUCCGAAUCGCUUUGGGUUCGUAAAUGGGCAUCACACAACACUUACGACGCGAUCAAAAGAAGUGCCGUCAAAGCUUUCUCUUCAAAGCUUGUUAGCUCAUUCCUUCCCCUAGGCGCACAGGAAUUGCACGUCGAGGUGGAUCCUGUGCUGACUUCGACUGUUGCCAAGUCUGAUCUCGUAUCUGUUACAAAAACAACCGCACACUCCACUGCUUACUAUCUUUCGAUUUAUUUCCUCAUCGGUGUUGCUGUUGCUGUUAUAUCAGCCUCUAAGACGAUCAUAAACUUCGUUGCAGGUCUUAAUGCGUCAAGAAAGAUAUUCAACCUUGUUUUGAAAAAAGUUCUCUACGCAAAGUUGAGAUUUUUUGACUCUACCCCCAUUGGUAGAAUAAUGAAUCGUUUUUCGAGGGAUUUGGAGGCGGUUGACCAGGAUUUGACGCCUUAUAUGGAAGGUGCGUUUGUUUCCUUGAUACAAUGCUUGUCGACUGUCUUGUUGAUUGCCUACAUCACUCCUGGGUUCUUUUUUGUUGCCAUAUUCGUUGGUUUGAUGUACUACUUCGUGGCAUACUUUUACAUGGUCGGAUCUAGAGAACUGAAGAGAUUUGAAUCCAUGAGUCGCUCGCCAAUCCAUCAACACUUCUCUGAAACACUGGUGGGUAUCACAACCAUUCGUGCUUUUGGGGACGAGCGCCGCUUCAUGGAGGCCAAUCUUGAAAAGAUUGACGAAAACAACAAGCCAUUCUUUUAUUUGUGGGUUGCCAAUCGUUGGUUAGCGUUCAGAAUUGACUUCAUUGGUGCAAUUGUUAUUUUCGCUGCAGGUGUAUUUGUUUUGUUGAACAUCGCCACCCUAGACUCCGGUUUGGCAGGUAUUUCCUUGACUUAUGCGAUUUAUUUCACUGAAGGUGCCCUGUGGCUCGUUAGGCUGUAUUCCAAUGUGGAAAUGAACAUGAACUCUGUCGAGCGUUUGAAAGAAUACAUGGACAUUGAGCAAGAACCUCACUUUCAGAGCACACACAAUCCACCUCCAGAAUGGCCAAGUCAAGGUAGAAUCGAGGUCAAUGAUUUAUCUUUGCGUUACGCGCCAAACUUGCCUAAGGUUAUCAAGAAUGUUUCAUUCACGAUUGAACCCAACGCUAAAGUUGGUAUUGUGGGUCGGACAGGUGCGGGUAAAUCCACCAUCAUAACUGCUUUGUUCAGAUUCAUGGACCUGGAUAGCGGGUACAUCAAAAUUGACAAUGUUGAUAUCACCUCGAUUGAGCUCAAGAGGCUACGUCAGUCAAUAACUAUCAUACCUCAAGACCCCACAUUGUUUUCCGGGACUCUCAAAUCGAACUUGGAUCCUUACGAUGAGUACACCGACAAGCAGAUCUUUGAGGCAUUGAAGCGCGUGAAUCUUGUCACGCAGGAAGAACUGGACAAUGCGAGCACUCAAACAUCAGAUGCCGCGUCUGUUAAGUCAAAUGUCAACAAGUUCUUGACGCUGGACAACGAAAUCACUGAAGGAGGUAAUAAUCUUUCUCAAGGGCAGCGUCAACUGGUGUGUCUGGCAAGGUCUUUGUUACGGUCGCCUAAAGUGAUGCUUCUGGAUGAGGCCACGGCGUCCAUCGACUACAAUUCAGACGCCAAAUUACAGCAGACAAUCAGAGAAGAGUUUUCAACCAGUACAGUUUUGACCAUCGCCCACAGAUUAAGAUCUAUUAUCGACUACGACAAGAUCCUGGUGAUGGAUGCAGGCGAAGUUAAGGAGUAUGAUCAUCCUUACUCACUUCUGUUGAACAAGAACAGUAUUUUCUACAGCAUGUGCGAGGACAGUGGUGAACUGGAGUCACUACUUCAGCUCGCCAAGGAAUCUUUCGUGAAGAAGCUAAACUCCAAGUAG